AUGGCCCAGUACUACCCGCAACAACAGCCCUACGGAUCCCAACCUUCUGCACAGAACCUUCAGUUCUAUCCUUCUUCCUACGGUUCUGUGUCUGGUCAUACGACUCCCUCUCAAGCUUCCUAUGGUGGAUUUAGUGCAGGCCCUAACCCGGCCGCUCAGGCGUAUCCCAUUGGAGGGGUUGGUGGUGGAUAUGGCGGCUUUGGUUCUCCAGCCACUGGCGUAAGUGGGCGGAUGGGAGAACAGGGCGGAUUGAGGACUGGGUGGCUUGCUGCAUUUGGUACAGAGGGAUAUGAGGGGGAGCCGCCGUUGCUGGAGGAGCUGGGGGUGAAUUUCGAACAUAUCAGGACUAAGACUUUGACAGUGCUCAACCCUUUCGCUCGGAUCGACCAGCAUCUCAUGGAUGACAGCGAUCUCUAUGGAGCACUGCUUUACAUCGUCCUCUACGGAACCUUCCUCCUCCUUUCUGGUAAAGUCUUUUAUGGCUAUAUCUACGGCGUUGCAGUUUUCGGCACCGUAGCUUUACAUUUGAUUCUUAGUCUUAUGUCUCCGGCCCUCGAUACCUCCCCAACGCCGAAUGCUGCGGACCCGGCCAACUACGAUCCUCACCACAAACCUUCGUAUUCCGAGGCCUCGGCUGCCGGUCAUUUCUCGGCUACAUUGACAUUCCCUCGCUCUGCUAGUGUUUUGGGCUACUGUUUCCUACCGCUUGUGCUCACUAACCUCGUCGGGAUAAUGAUCCCUAUGGACACUAUGUUCGGUUACCUGUUGACGACAGCUGCCGUAGGGUGGUGCACAUAUAGCUCCUCGGGAAUGUUUUGCGCGGUUGCGCGGAUGCGCGGGAUGAGAGGCCUAGUAGCAUAUCCAUUGGCGCUGUUUUACGUCGUCUUCGGGAUCAUGGGAAUUUUCUCUUCACGCGGAAGUGGGACUUUGGCUGCAAAGACGGGUGCGACUUGA